AUGUCUCACUACUUCGGCAACACAGCCAUGCUCUCUGGAUCCUCGCCUGUGCUGGAUCAAGCACAGAGUCAAUUGAAUUCCGCCAGAAUGAGCCAUGCAGAAAUCCAACAGGAGCUGCAGAGUCUCAUGCAAUACAGGGCAAUGACGCCAAUGUCGGUAGUGGAGGGUCAACAAAGAGAUGGGGAAAUGUUACAACUUCGAGUGCGCCUCCGGCAAAUGGAGGACGAAAUGAACGGAUUAAGAGACACGAUUGCCCGUCAACAAGCCACAAUCCGGAACCAGAGCGUGGCGAUCUCUAAUCCGAGACAAUACUAUCCUGCACCAAAGGACAACACUCCGCAGGAUAGAAUGCAGGGACACAUGGCCAACAGGCAGGGGCCGCCAACGGUGCGCUCGACGACGCACCAGACAAUGUACCACCCCCACGGCCCAUCCAGUGCCAACCUGUUCGGCUCUCCGGCCGCAAGACCAUCCAACAACACUGGAAAGACACCACAAGGCGUGCAACGGACGCCAUUCAACCCACCGUCGGCUCGCGGAGGCGGCCAAGGGACACCAGGGAGUGCCACGCAACACCCAGACAAUCACAUGGCACUGGUGCCGGUUUCGGCAGUGACGAGCACUGCCACCACGGUCAAGGGGCAGAUUGCGCGCGUCUUCGAUAUGGUCGAGAUGUUCAGCUGGGCCCACGUCAAUUUUCCCAGCUCUCACGGGGACAACCAGCUGAACAAGUCCCUCAAAGAACGGUUUCUCCAAGCAGCAGCACCGACGCAGGCAUUCCCCCUCAUGACUUCUCCAGCGACCCGCUACCUGUUGGUGGCGAAGGUCAUCAAUGCCUGGAUCCUCGACAAGGUGCUGAGGGCCGACAGCUUUCGAGGCUUCAACGCCAACAUCGACUCGAUGAUCGACGCGGCCAAGAACCAGGUCUACCAGUCGACGCCCGCUCAAGUCAAGUUCCAGCUGUUCAACAAGAUCGCAGCGCAGAUGCGAGAGCUGAGGCAGAAUGUCCAGUUCAAGAGGUUCGUCGACAAGCUGACCCAGGACCGUGGCAACGAGCUCUGGGAACUGAUGGCGCCCCUGAUGCACACCAAGACGAGUCGCGACUGGGACGACAUGGCCACGUUGAUGGAGGAGGCACACAGACUGGCCAUAAUGAUGUUCUCCGGCACCGACCAGUACCGCUUCGAGGUCAAAGAGGGAGGUUCCUUCUUCAAGAAAGCCGCCAUGGCGGUGGUCUCGAGACAAACUCUGCCAGACGGCACGACGACGCCGGACCAGUUGGAGGCGAGGGGCGCAAGAGUAAAGCUGGGCGUUUCACCCCAGGUCGUCGUCAAAAACAGCACGCCAAUGGGCCUGAUCAAUGAAAGGACCGUGGUGCCAGCCAAGGUGCUGGUCGAUUUGACGUUUAGAUGA